AUGAACCCUCAAAACCUAUUCGCUCAACAACGUACAUCACAUUUCGUAAACGAGCAGGAGGCGCCACACGGGCGACGACUAACUGUGCAAGAACUACUCACCGACAACGCUCAUAACAUAAAUAGCGUUAAUAGUGGCAAUAUAAACGUUUCUCCUAUACAUAACCAUCCUAUACAUGACCAACAGCACAACUAUCAUUCAUCAUAUCCUCCGUCAACUCAACAAAUACACGAUAUAAACACCAUUCAUGAACAUAAUAAUCACUUAUCGGCGCGAGCUGUAGAUUCAGCAAGCCCUACAUCGUAUUUCCGGCCUGUAAGCGGCUCCGAGAAUAGAAAUGGAUACUCAAACAUGUUAUCUCGCUCUCUACCUUCUAACGAUGAACUAGAAGACGACGGAAGUUAUGAGAGUAGCAUCAACCCUAAUUAUGUAAGCUACGUUAACGACUUGAAUAUUUCUACCCAUGAUACGCAUACACUAUCGCCAACUUCACCACCACAAUAUGCCGUUAUGCCUCCAACUUCUCCCGCUACUCCCGUAUCUCCUAACCAGCAGCCUCAUGCAACAAUACCAUUAUCUGAACAGCGUGAACGGAACAAGAUAGCCUCGGCCAAGUACCGUAAAAAGAAACAACAGCUGAAUCAAGAAAUGUCUACUCGCAUAAACGAGAUGAACUCUAAAAUAAGCUCGUUAGAGACCGAGAAUACAAUGUUGCGGCGGCAGUUGGAGGAAGUAAAAGGGGAAAACCAAGAAUUAAGAAAUACCAUCGAUAAACUAAAGACUAAGCUAGCCAGGGAUAAGAUCUUCAAAAGAUUGGAGAGAGUUUCGGGGACAGGGAGAAGUCGAAGGGGGGCUGGCGUAAACGUUGUUAUGUCAAGGAAUGAAUAA